AUGACUGAACGGCGCUUGCGAUUCCUCAACCUGUCUCACGCUCCUUCCUCGACCGCGCACAUACUUUUCCUAAUCAUCCUGCUUCGGUUGCUUCUGUCAAUAUAUAUUGGUCCAACAGAGAUGCCAUCUCCUACCAGUGCCGGCGUCCUCCAGACACACCAACUUAUCGAGAAUCAUAGCAUCUUGAUCCGAGAUGAAAUAUACGGAGAGGAACUGGUCUAUGAGCCAGUUCUCGUAGAGCUUCUUCAAAGCCCGGAGGUGCAGCGACUGCAAGGCAUCUGCCAGUAUGGAGUCACUGGAUUCUUGGGCCUGACACCGCGAGUCACACGGCUCGAACAUUCGGUCGGUGCACUUAUACUCGUGCGAAGAGUUGGUGCCACGAUUGAAGAACAAGUCGCUGCUCUUCUCCAUGAUAUCUCUCAUACCACCCUUAGUCACGUCAUCGAUCACGCCCUCUCCAAGCCUGGGGAAGGAAGCUAUCACGAGGUACACAAGACACGGUAUCUUGAGACGACGCGGCUGUCGGACAUCCUCGCCAGACAUAGGAUCAACCAGAAGGUUUUCGAAGAAGAACUGUUCCCUUUAGUGGAGAUGCCAUCGCCUCAACUGUGUGCCGAUCGCCUAGACUAUGCUUUACGCGACGCCGUUAGCUUCGGCAAGCUAGCCAUAGAAGACGCUAGAAGGGUUGUCGGCUCACUAAAGGCGUUUCCCAGUGCUACAGCGACCCGCCGUCUGCUGGUUCUGGACGAUCCCCAUGUAGCGCUGAUUCUUUCUCGCGCAUACAUCACUACCGACAAAGAUGUCUGGUCAAAUCCGGCCUACAUCGACAUGUAUCAGCGGACGGGCCGGGUGAUAGGCGAACUAGUAGAGGCAGGGUCUAUAGAUGAUAAGGUGUUGUGGCAAGUGUCCGACGCAGAAUUUUGGACUCUACUUCGUCAAGCAGCGAAUCCUGAGCAGCUUCGCGCUAUCGAGAGACUAGAAGAGGAAGGGAUUCCAGAGGACAACGGACUCCGACUGCCACAUUGCGCUAAAAUUCGCACUCUCGAUCCAGACGUUUGGCAAGGAGGAGAAAAGCAACCCGCACCGUUGUCGAUAGUGUUGCCAACGUGGGGAUCAGAGCGACAGCAGUACAUUCUCAGUCGUAGUCAGCAUCGAUGA